AUGGCGUCCGCCGACUGCCUGGACGCGUGGGACGACUGCUUUAACUUCUUCAAUGGCAAGAGUCCGUACCACACGACGAGACACACGAAGCUGUCGUACUUCACGAGGAACCAGCGCGUCGGCUGGAAGCUCACGUGCGCGCUAGCAAUGGUGGUGACGAUGCCGUACUCGGACAUCUCGCUGCCGGGGCUGCACGUGUUCGGCGCAGUGGUGCAGCUCGUGAUCGUGGGCGUGGACUUCUACUUCACGGCGCCGCUGUUCAAGGCCAACCACGUGUUCUUGGUGCUCAUGUGGCCGGUCUUCUGGAUCUUCAUCCAGUACCUGUGGGUCAUCAGCAGCCACCAGCCGACCAACGACCUGUUCAACUUCCACUCGACGGCGUCGCCCGUGUCCACGUUCAUGCUCUUCCUCGGAACGGUGAUCGUGUUCUACGUAUUGCUCUGGCUCUCCCGGCACCUGCAGCGCUCCUCCGACAAGGCUGCAGAGGCUGUCGCUGACACGGGCGGCAUGGACUCGGACGAAAGCUCGAGCUGCCUCACUCCGACGUGCGAGGACCCCAGGACGGCCCCGUUCGAGCUGGUCGUCGAGUCGUCCGUGGACAACCGGUCGCCCUACGACUCCAAAGCCUUCAGCGACGACUUCCAUCCGAAACGAUGA